UGAGUCCUGGAUGGUGACCAAAAUGUGAGCGUAUAAAAAUGGGCUUCAGAAAACAUGUAGCUCACAGUCUUCCACACUAAUGCCGCUUGAAGAGUGAAGGAGGCCUAGUAUCUGGGGUCAGGCACAAUCUACAAAACCCUCACUUAGACCUCACUUCAAAUAUUUCAACUUCACUCUCUACUAUCUAAGAAGAAGAUGAAUAAUGCAAUCCAGUGCGUUAUUCUCCUGGCAUGUGCUGCCGUUUGUUGGUCAGCUGCUAUUAAAGACUGCCAGUGUUUAAAAACAACCAGUAACAUCAGCUGGAAAACCAUCAUUGACGUAAAGGACUAUGAUCCCAGUGCGUACUGCAACAACAGACAAGUCAUUGUCACGCUGACCGACAAAAGCUUACGGUGUCUCAACCCUGAAAAAUUCACCCCAGCGGUCGUGCGUGAAAUGAAAAAAAGACUUUUUAUUAAGAUGAGCACCACCACCACCACCAGCCCGAAAACGACGACGUCACCAGCCCCGACGCCGCAGCAAUAAAUCGAAUACACAGAUUACAAGAGGAGAGAUCAAGCCAGAAUCCCGCUGUUGAGACGUGGUCAGUCGUUGCUUGUGUUUGCAGGUUUGCAUGCUGACAGCCAAAGGUGACUGUGAGGAGCGGGACUUCUCCAUCGAAAACGAAUCUUCGGGAGACGUUUUGUGGAGUGUCUUUAACCUGUCGUACCAGGUGUAUUUAUGAAGUUUGUGUCUUAAUUAAGAUUUGAGCCAUCUUUGAUGAAGACAAAAUUGUUGUAGUCUAUAUUUCCUUAAAAACAGUGAAACUUUCUGUCAUCGUUGUCAGUGUUGGUCUAUUAAUAUAUAAUGUAAUAUAUAAAAUAAUGAUUUGUUUUUGUAAUUGAAACCAUAAUCUUUAUUAUAUGUUGUAUGUGUCCUGUUGAUAAUAACAAUAAUGUACGUCUCUGACUCUUGCCACUUCAUACCUACAAUAAAUGUGAAGAUUGUUAAAUAUUUGA